AGCGGGGAGUGACUCCAGGAGGACGCGUCCAACUUCGAGACCGGCGGGGGCCGGCUCCGCUCUUCCAACCCCUCAGUGUGUUAAGAGGGCGGACGACGCAGCAGCGGAAGAAAAAUAAGCUAGUCUAGGACACGUGUCCAGGAGACGUGGAACCCAGUAAGGAAAUAAAGAAGCCUUGAAACGUCUCUCCCGUCCCCUCUCCGGGUCCCUCACCCUAAUUCGCGCGGAAUGGAAAAGGCGGAAGCGACAGGCCACGAUCAAGGCGGGGCCGGGCGGGAGGGGGGAAGGGAAAGAAAUCUCGCGAUAUGAGAGCGGUCCGGGCGGGGGUGGCACCUCUCUCUCCUCCUCCUGGCGUUAGUUCCGGUCGCAGAGGAGACGCCGCCGCAGUUGCCGCUACAUCGGGGAUUUCUGGCUCUUUCCUCUUCGCCUUAAAUUCGGGUGUCUUUUAUGAAUAAUCAAAAGCAGCAAAAGCCAACGCUAUCAGGCCAGCGUUUUAAAACUAGAAAAAGAGAUGAAAAAGAGAGGUUUGACCCUACUCAGUUUCAAGACUGUAUUAUUCAAGGCUUAACUGAAACCGGUACUGAUUUGGAAGCAGUAGCUAAGUUUCUUGAUGCUUCUGGAGCAAAACUUGAUUACCGUCGAUAUGCAGAAACACUCUUUGACAUUCUGGUGGCUGGUGGAAUGCUGGCUCCAGGUGGUACACUGGCAGAUGACAUGAUGCGUACAGAUGUCUGCGUGUUUGCAGCCCAAGAAGACCUAGAGACCAUGCAAGCAUUUGCUCAGGUUUUUAACAAGUUAAUCAGGCGCUACAAAUACCUGGAGAAAGGUUUUGAAGAUGAAGUAAAAAAGCUGCUGCUGUUCUUAAAGGGUUUUUCAGAGUCGGAGAGGAACAAGCUGGCUAUGUUGACUGGUGUUCUUCUGGCUAAUGGAACACUUAAUGCAUCCAUUCUUAAUAGCCUUUAUAAUGAGAAUUUGGUUAAAGAAGGGGUUUCAGCAGCUUUUGCUGUAAAGCUCUUUAAAUCAUGGAUAAACGAAAAAGAUAUCAAUGCAGUAGCUGCAAGCCUUCGGAAAGUCAGCAUGGAUAACAGACUGAUGGAACUCUUUCCUGCCAAUAAGCAAAGUGUUGAACACUUUACAAAGUAUUUUACUGAGGCAGGCUUGAAAGAACUUUCAGAAUAUGUUCGGAAUCAGCAAACCAUCGGAGCUCGUAAGGAGCUCCAGAAAGAACUUCAAGAACAGAUGUCCCGUGGUGAUCCAUUUAAGGAUAUAAUUCUAUAUGUCAAGGAGGAGAUGAAAAAAAACAACAUCCCAGAACCAGUUGUCAUCGGAAUAGUCUGGUCAAGUGUAAUGAGCACUGUGGAAUGGAACAAAAAAGAGGAGCUUGUAGCAGAGCAAGCCAUCAAGCACUUGAAGCAAUACAGCCCUCUACUUGCUGCCUUUACUACUCAAGGUCAGUCUGAGCUGACUCUGUUACUGAAGAUUCAGGAGUAUUGCUAUGACAACAUUCAUUUCAUGAAAGCCUUCCAGAAAAUAGUGGUGCUUUUUUAUAAAGCUGAGGUCCUGAGUGAAGAGCCCAUUUUGAAGUGGUACAAAGAUGCACAUGUUGCGAAGGGGAAGAGUGUUUUCCUUGAGCAAAUGAAAAAGUUUGUAGAAUGGCUCAAAAAUGCAGAAGAAGAAUCUGAAUCUGAAACUGAAGAAGGUGACUGAAUUUUGAGACUACACCCUCAGUAAAGCAAACAGGAGUUGUAGAUAAAAUGUCAUGUCUCAUGUGUCCUGGUUCUUACAUCUUCCUACCUCCCUGUAUCAAGCAUGAUAUAAGGGCUUUCAUGGCAAAUUUUAUUUUAACUGUUUCUAUGGUUGCUGGAAAUGUUGGGUUUAGUUUGUAAAACCAUGUUUUAAGUAGCUACAGGAGCUAUAGAUUUGAAUCUAAUGUUGCAUUAGUCUUUUCAGUUAUCUUCUACCUCCUGUAUUUUCUACUGUAAUAAUGUAAUUUAAGGACUUCCACAAUGAACAGUUCACUUUAUUCCCUGGGUUUUCUAUAAACAGUUUUCAAGAUAUGAUUUGGUUAAAAAAUAAUUUGUUAUAAAAAUUCUGUUUGCAAAUUAAACUGGAAAAGUAUCCAAAGUCUCAAAAGGCAAUGAUUUGUGUGAUAAUAUGGCAUGCCCGGAGCCCUACUCAUCAAUGAAAAACCCAUAUGUAAUAAUCGAAUUCAUUUAACAUGAAUCUUGAGUAUGUGGACCAUUGCUUGCAUGUUAACUUUUUUUUUUUUUUUUUUUUUUUUUUUUUGCAUUUUUAACUCCAGAUGUCCUAAAGCUCAAUUGUUUGCUCUCUGGUUUUCAUCCUUAGAGAAGCCAUGGAGGACAGACUUGAGAAGUUUAGGAAAUCAUAAUGGGAAGAAGAAAGUUGAGCUUUUUGCCCUUGAGAAACUUACGCAUUUAGUUUGUAUCUUUCCAGGCAAAACAAAUGGAUAUUCUUUUCAUACAACCAUUUUCAAAUGAACCUUAGAAAAGUCUUAACAUUUAAGGUAUUUUAUGCCCAGAAUACACUUAGAUUGAUAGGAAAGAACUCAUAACGGAGUUUGAGUGAAGAAAAUGACUGAUGUACUAAACCCAGUAGAAAUUGUUGAAAAUGUUAAAGAUCAGCAUGUUCUAAUUGGGAAUCUAGAUAUAGCUUAGAUUUCCUAUUGUCUUAGAGUAUUUGCUAUAACAAAUGAAGUGCAAUGACAAUUAUAUAUUCCUACUCGGUCAUACUGGACUGGCUUCGUUCUCUUAACAUACUCAGUAAUGACUCAAGCCUCUGGCUAUGAACAUACCCUUGUUGCCAUUUUUUAAUUGCCAUGAGCCAGAUACUUCUUGGUAUACAAUUGAUCCAUUUAUUUUAAUGGCUGCCUUUUCAUUUUCAUCUUUUCUUGCUGCUACCCAUCUAUGUAUGUAGUCAUUGGGGGGGAAAUGUAGCCACAUUUUUUAUGGGAAGACUUUGUGUUAAAAGGGAACAUUUUGAAGGUUUUAACUGGUGAAACUAGCCUGGAAUAAUGCUACCAGAGACUGAGUGGAAAUCUCCCCUUUUGAAGGUGCCAUUCUUAUGAGCCAAAAGUUUGUCAUUUAAAAGUUCAUUUUGAGGGAGUAACAUGUAAUAUAAUUUGAAAUAAAGGUAUAGAACCUUAAAAAGAAUAUUAUAACUGAUUGUUGUGAAUGGGGUGAAUUUGUUAAAUGAAUAACUUUGAUAAAGUUUUUCAUGCACAGACAAAAUGUAUUCACUAGAUUUCUACGUAGUGAUCUGCUUUUACUUUGUAAUUUGUAGUUCUCAAAAGACUUUUUUUUUAAAAAAUAAAGUCCAUACUUACACUUAGGCUUUA